CUUGUUCCCACAAGCUAGCUAGCAGCAGCAGCAGCAGUACCGUAGUUCUUGGCAUCAUCAUCAUCAAUUAUUGAAGAUAUUAUCGAUCGGCCAUGGUGGAGCCUAGUGUGAAAUCUUCAGAGCAUGGUGGAGGAGGAAUCGACCUGCUGUUCCUGCCUCCUGGCUUCAGGUUCCAUCCCACCGACGAGGAGGUCAUCACCAGCUACCUCCUGCAGAAGCUCCUCAACCCUAGCUUCGCGCCGCACGCCAUCGGGGAGGUGGACCUCAACAAGUGCGAACCAUGGGAUCUCCCAAGCAAGGCGAAGAUGGGGGAGGAGGAUUCCAAGGAGUGGUACUUCUUCUGCCGCAAGGGCAUGAAAUACCCGACGGGCACGCGGGCGAACCGCGCCACCAAGGAGGGAUACUGGAAGGCCACGGGCAAGGACAGGGAGAUCUUCUUCAAGCCAGCAGCUGGGCACGACGACGUCGACCGCCGUGAGCAGCUGGUGGGGAUGAAGAAGACGCUGGUGUUCUACACGGGCAGGGCUCCAAGGGGCACCAAGACCAACUGGGUGAUGCACGAGUUCCGCCUCAUCGAGGGCAAGGGCAAGUACUCCAGGCACCGCACCACCAACGACGACCUACUACUACGCUUCAACCCCAAGGAUGAAUGGGUCGUGUGCAAGGUGCACCACAAAGGGGGCCGACAUGAUGCCAGCGCCGCCAAGAAGGGCGGCGGAGGAGGAGGAGGAGAGGAGCAGCAAUACUCGUCCGCCGCCGGAACGCCCAACGUCAGCUCCGUCGAGGCCGGCGGCGGCGGCGACGACGACGAGUUCCUCCUUGACUCCGUGCUGCUGGAUUACUCCAGCAGCUGCCACUUCAACUCCUCCGGUCCCACCGCUUGCACCUCAUCCAGCAGGAGCAGGAGCAUGCCGCCGCCCCGUCGUCACGCGCCGCCGGCAGACCAGCAGCAAGCAAUAAUGGUGGGAGGGAGCUACUACUACACUAGCUUGCACCACCACCACCAGGAAAUGGUCGCACCCACGAGGUUCGCCGCCGCCGCUGGUUUGCCGAGUGCGUGUGCGUCGGCGGCGGGCGCCGGAGCUGCGCAGCGUAGUUCCCAGCAGCAUGGUGUGCUGCAGCAGCAGAGGCUUCCCGCCGGGAACUACAACUACUACGACGACGGGGGAAACUACUACGCUGCAGGUUACCGUACAAGCCAGUACUGAUGCUGCUGAGAAUUUCAGUCGUGUUAGUAGAGAGUACUUGCUUAGCAGUUAACUGUUGUGCGUGGCAGUUUUGUUGGUUGCUUGAUCGAUUCAGUAGUUCGUUAUAGUACGUCUGCUAGCUAGGGAUUCCGUACGACGUUUUGCUUGCUUUGCUGGUGAGGAUUUUUAUAAUGUUCUCUUUGUU